AUGUGCUUCUUCCGGCUCUUGCUUAUCGCUGGGGCCACGAAGGUAGCGGCGAUGGUCGCACCCAUGUGCCUUAGAGCGCAAGCCUACGGUGAUCGUGGGAAGCCCUCUAGCACGAAUGUCAAGGACGUUGAGACCUGCCAGUCAUCCUGUGCGACCUCGAACAACUGCAGACAUUUCACCUACGAUGCCAGCACACAAGAUUGCUGGCUUUUGGACAUUGGGAACUUCCUGCAGGCGCAGGAGACUGCCGUUUCCGGAGCCGUGGAUUGUCAGCUUCAGCAGGAGAACGAGAACAGCAGGAGCCAACAUGUCCUCGCGGGCCUGAAGGCAGCAGCCCAGUUCGUCCGCGAUCGGACGCAGGACGAAAGAAUACGAAAGGCUGCUGAGCAUGUCAAAUGGUCCGUGAACAACGGCUUCCUCGAAGAGGAAGUUUAUCAGAACGUGAGGCUCGUCCUGCAAGAGGAGGCAAAACUGGUCUCCUCACCGGAUUCGCUUGUUGAAGCUGUCGGACAAGGGGCGGCCCUUACGGCGGAUGACGUCGACUGGCUCACGAAGCGAAUGAAAGGUGGUGAGGUCUUUUCCGAUUUCGAAGAUGCAGAGCAAGGUGCAACAUACGGUCCAAAUGGUGAACCUUACUAUGCUGCAUCCUCCAGCCCUUGUGCAUCAGACAAGGUUGGCUGUGACACAGGAUCCGACAGCAGCUUUGGGACGGGUACACCUUGGACUGAUGCCAAGGUGAAGUUCUGCUUUGACAACGAGCUUGCGCCAAGCAGCAGAGAAGCCCUGCAAUGCGCCAUGGCAAAGAUCUCGAAGUUCGUGCCUGGCAUCGUGUUCGUGAACGUGCAGUACACAGGGGUUGAUGCAUGCGGUGCGUUGCCGGCGGUUUACAUGCAGUCAAACGGCCGCCGGAGUGGCAACGGCUGUUGGGCAGACAUUGGCAUGUCGACUUCCAUGUUUGGUGGGAAUCAAAAGUUGAACCUGCAAGCUCCCGGCUGUGACAAUUGUGGCACAGCAACCCAUGAGAUCCUGCAUGCCCUCGGCAUGGCACACGAGCAGCAAAGACCUGAUCGGGACGACUUCGUCAGCGUUGUUUGGAACAAUGUCAAACCCGGCAUGGAUACUCAGUUUGCCAUUCGCUCGCAAGCGGAUGCCCAGCGGCCGUAUGACAUCAUGUCCAUCAUGCACUACGCUGCCAAAUCCUUCUCGAGGAACGGUCGGGACACCCUCACCGUGAAGCCCAAAGGCUACGAGCUGUACACAACGGAUCCGGCCAAGUUUUCAAAUUAUCGCAUUGGGCAGCGUGUGGGAAUGAGCACACAGGAUGUGUCUCAGCUCGCGGACCUGUACGGGUGCAGCCUGAGCAGCCAGUAUCGGACCUGCGACAUUGCCAGGGGUUAUCUCGCAGCCGGGUCGGACCAGGAAAUUGAUCCAGGCUCGAUCGCUCUGAUCGGUGUGCUGCUCAUUGCCGCCAUCUGCUGUUGCGGCUUAUGCGUUUGCUUCGCUCGUGGGAGCGAAAGCUCGAGCAGGACGUACAAGGAGGGAGACAUUUCUGCUGGCUUCAAUUGCCCAAAGUGGCACAAAGCAUCGUUGAAGCUACUUGGCCGAAUGACUAGGUUCUCCUGGGAUUCGCUACAAGAAUCAACUGUCAGUCUGGGGAGCCGGCAGCCGUGCUACAUGUCUGUUUGCACGGAGAGAGCUUGGCCAAUCUCCUGCACUGGGGAUCUCGAUGGCAGAUCCGCCCUUGACUCCAGCUUUCCAUGCGGACCGUCGAAGCUCGAUGCAGCACAAUCACAGGCUCCAAAAUGGGCGUGGAGCAGCCUGAGCCCCUCGCCACCGGAUGCAGGUUUUUCCGAGGGCUCGGUGGCUUGGGAAGAAAUUCUGGACGCACAGCAGCGAGUGCCGACACAGGAGUCGAUUCGAGUUGCUGCACGCUUUCGGCCAUUGAGUCUGUUGGAGAGGGAGAAUGGCGAGGAUGAGACGCUUUGUGUGAAGUUUGGUCGAGAUGGCCAGUCGUGCACACUGCGAAUGCAGAAGACACAUGGAAUUUGCGACUUUCCGUUUGCGUACGACCACCUGUUCCAGCCAGAAGCAUCACAGUACGACGUCUACAGGGCCGUUGCGCAACCGAUCGUCGAGGGCGUCAUACAUGGUUACAAUGGAGCAAUCCUAGCCUACGGGCAGACGGGCAGCGGCAAGACACACACCAUGUUUGGGCCCUUUGCCACUCAAGCCUUCGUGGAUUCCUGCGACUUUGACUCCCACAGCCUCGGCAUUAUCCCUCGGGCGCUGCAGGAAUUGGUGGAUUAUGCCGAAAACACCGAUGGCCUGGUGCAGCUGCGGGCUUCGUAUGUAGAAAUCUACAAUGAGAACGUCCUUGACCUGCUUUCACCGCUGGGUGGUGUCACCCCGGGUGACAUGCCGUCGACUGCAGUGAUGCGUGAGCAGGCCAAGGAUCUGUUCCUGCCCACUGUCACUGAGACGCCUUUCAAUUCUGUGCGAGAGGCCAUGGAAGUCAUGCGUCUGGGGAAUAGGAAGCGACACCAGGCCGAGACGAAGAUGAACCGACACUCCUCGCGAAGCCAUGCGGUCUUCAUAGUCACCGUUGUGAAUCGAGUAGAUCAAUCACGGCAGAAGUUUGGCCAACUCUAUCUGGUUGACCUUGCGGGCUCCGAGCGCGUCAUCAAGACCGCCGUCGCAGGGACGCAUCUGGUGGAGGCUAAGAACAUCAACAAGAGCCUCCUAGCGCUGGGUCAAGUGAUUUUUGCUUUGGCUCACAAGCAAAAGCAUGUUCCGUAUCGAGACUCCAAGCUCACGCAGCUAUUGCGGAACUGCCUGGGAGGAAAUGCUCGGACCGCAGUGUUGAUCACCGUCUCUCCUCACAGAGACAACGCUGGGGAGUCCCUCAGCUCUCUUCGCUUCGGCGCGCGUGCCUCUCUGGUGGAGAACGCUGCGACUGAGAACGUGGCCGAAAACGUUCAUGAGCUGAAGCGCCUGCUGGAGCACGCUCGCCAGGACCUGGCAGAGCUCCGAGCCUCGAAUCGGCGUCUGCAGGCCGAGCUUUCUGUCAGAUCAGCACCACUAGGCGGUCACGGCGGUCUUACUGUGCCGCCUUCCCAAAAAUGCCUCGCGGUAUGGGAACUCCUUCCGUCACUGGUUUGUCCGCUCACCCGUGGCAUCAUGAGGGAACCCGUCUUGGCCUCCGAUGGCUGGAGCUACGAGCGCCGCGCCUUGGAGAAGCACAUCGCCAGAGCUGGAAGGAUCAUGCCGGUCUCGCCUGUAACAGGCCAGCGGCUGUCAACGCGGCUUUUCACACCGAAUCUGCUUGUGAGGCAGCUCGUGCGUCAGUAUCUUCCGGACCUCGGGCCUCUGGAGGAGCCGCUACCGGUGAUCCAACGGCUCCACAUUUGGCACGUGCAGCUGAUCCUCUCCUUCCUGGACUUCCGAUCACUGGCGCGUUGCGAGGCCGCUUGGCCUUCUUUCCGGGCCAUGGCAGAGGACAAGGUUUGGGGGCAGCUUCUUCAGCGGGACUACCCCGACUGUGAUGUGGAGCUUCUCGCAGCGCGAAGUACCUAUCGCGAGGAGGCCGUGAAGGCGGCUGCCCACAAGCCGGCUGCAGGAGGCCCGAAGGACAAAGCAGAUGGAGGCCAUCGCAGGAGACUAGCACUAGAAUCUAGAACAGUUCAGAUUGAUAAACGACCCAACAAGUGCAGAGCUAUUCUGGAAGUCCGAUGA